ACAUGGCACCGCGGGAUCGGCUCAGUUGCCCUCCGGACGUCGUCGAGGGUGCGUCGCCGUGCCACGCUCGCUCGCAUUCCAAGGGCUCUUCCCUUAUUUCAAGGCAUAGCUUGGUCGCCCUAACCUCGUUUUUAACCCUUUCGGUGAAACUCCGAUUAAUCGACACGGUUAUACCUAUAAUAGAGCUUCCGUCGGGUACGCGGAGUGACCGAUAAACCCUGUGCCGCGAAAUACCGAUAAAGGACUGCUCAACUUCGCGUUGAAUUUCCCAUCAAGGAAACCCGGGGAACCGAAAGUCGCCCGAGUUCCAACUGAAGAAACAUGGCGCCGACCAUAUGCCUCUCGGAACUCCCCGUUACGAGGGGCUCAUCCAGUCCGUAUACCCGGAGGCGGCUCAAGACUCACAAUGGAGGAAUCGGGAAGCGCCAGCAACAUCACCAACGGGCCGAUAUCAAGCAGAUAUUAAACGCACCGUCCGAGGACAGCAUACCCGCGCCGCCCUCCGAGAACUUCCUCUGGGAUCCCCAAUUUGCGACGGAUUCCUGCACCCCGGUGGUUUUGAACUCCUCGCAGAAUUCCACGGCUAGGGUCCCGAAAGAUCCCCAAGAAUAUUGGAAGACGAUCAUCACGAGACGCGAAGGUCUUUUAAACAUCGUAAGCCGUACCAUGGCGCUGGUACGACGCAAUCAAAUACUGCAGAAACGAGUGAACGCCCUGAGGGCCGAGACGCAAGAUUUCAUCCAAUCGGUCCUCAGCAACCCCGAAAACAAGCAAUGCCAGGAAAAUAAAGAAGCCCCUUCCAAGGAAUCCGUCGUUUCCUCGACAACCGACGAGGUCUCCACGACGCCAACGUCACCUCCAACUUCGGACUCGAUGAAUACCUUGACGAAUUGCGUAACGUCAACGUCCUCCUCUUCGGAGUUCGACAGCGACACGUCCAUGGAUUACGCCUCGGAUGAUUCUGAGAACUCUAAGUUGUAAAUCGGGAAACAUCCGCGGCAGACCCGAUCGACGGAUUCUGCCUUUCCGAUCGAACAGCGCGAUGCAAUCGGCUUUUCUAUGGUAGAUGCUGCGAAGUUGUCGAGCUCCGAUAGUGCAUAGAGUUAAAGGGCUGGUCCACGUAGGACGUGAGAUGUCAUAAUGAACCCGAUAAGAAUGAAUUACGAGCCUCUGAAAGGGUCCAUCAAAUGUUUGUCACUAUAAACAAUGCACCAACGAGGGAGUCUCCUCUGCGACGAAGGGCGGAAUUGAACUGGGGGUAAUUGUAUUUGUAAUACCCGUGAAGGCGCAUUAUGGGAAUCAAUAAUUCACUUGAGACGUAUAUUCUGUAGUAUCGAAUAGUGAAGUGGGACGAGGAUAGUAGCAGGAUACGUCAAGUUCGUGGUUUUGUUGCAUGAUCGCUUUAGCGUUUCUUGAUGCAGAAUCGACUCGUUCGGUCAGAGUGAAAAGGAGAAAUUCGGUUAACGAGGUCGUAAAAUCGCAGGGAAUCGGAAUGGUUUCGUUUGUGGGAUCAUGGUCGAGUUGUUUUUAUGGUGUACUUUAUGCGGAUGAUUUCGCGAGGCGAGUUAAGAUAGAACUCUCUAUUUAUGUUACUCCACGAGAAGUCUCGAGUACCCCUUUGUGAAAGUACGGACUUAAAUGCCGCGUUGACGGUUUUCUUGCGCUUAGGCUAAGCUUAUACACGUUGAAGACGUUAAAUUACAGAUCGUAGAAUAAAUGCCGGAUUAUCGGAUUCGCGUACUGGGAGCAGUAGUGUCCGAAAUGCUACUAUAGAUAGUAGUAAGUCCGCAUGGAUCGUGCAAACCGCAAUUGGUAAAUUUCGCUCAGAGGUUUACCAGAAUAUCAAUCCCACAAGCAAUGUAAAUUCUGUAACUAAACGGUUUUGUGAUGGUGUGAUAAUCAUUGUAAUUUAGGGAUAGUACUACGUAAUUCGACAUUUAAAUCAGGCACGUGAUAAUAAAUAAGUAUAUCUCCUUAAUGUCGAUUCUACACUCGAACAAAUUAUCAAUAGAGUUUGUGCCUAGCAAUGCAGAACUAACUUCCGAUUAUUAGAGCAAUAUGAAUAAUUAUAAUUUACCGCGUUUAGGAGUAAGGUCGUGGGUAUGACCCAGGUGAGACAAUUUGGCGCGUUUCCUUCUCUGCUCGGCUGUUGGGUGUUGAGAGGAAACUGACUUUCUAACUUUUUACGCUUGAUAAGUAUAUUAUCCGAGCAAGCGCAAAUGGAGAAAAUAUUUUCUUACGGAAUUUCGUGUGUAUUGGUGGUGCGGAAUCGAAAUGCGCUAAAGUGUGGGUAUUACUGAUAAGGUAUAAAACGUAGCUUCUACCAUAUCAACGUGCUUAGCUUAGCAUCGUAGGAGAGCAUAUUUUAUAUCACUUUAGAACGCGGAACAACCAAAUUAAAUAUCUUUACAUAGGUCGUCGCGAGAUGUAUGUUGUAUGUCCACGUAUUCCGAAUCUUCAUCGUUCUUCAUUUUCAUUUUAUUACCUUUUAGAUGCUUGUAGUGUAAGCUCGCGUAUAUUACUGUAUAUUUCACGGUGAUCUCGCUUUUUCUUAAGCCCUUGUGAAUUCAUUUUUAGAGCGAUGCAGAAAAAUCGACUCCCAAUUUUACUGGUCUUACCAGGUGUUAGUUUUAAUACCGAACUUCCUUUAGAUCUUCAUGGUUUCUUGUAAAUUGCUCGUAGUUAACAAUAGGUGAAGCGAUUAGUACUCCGAGUCUUAAAAUCGCUGAUACAGAUGCUUUCCGAAUGGUUUGUACCUAUCGGCCGACUUGCACUAGCGCAAGUGAAAAACAAUCUACAGAUUCCUGCACAAAGGGAUAAUACACGUGUACGUGAAAGUUAGCAUGUGAUGUUUCAUAGUGUUCGACGCAUAUGACAUCGAGUUUAUUAUAAAUAAUUUAUUUAUUUAUUGUACGGCGUAUCAUCAGAGAUUCAACAUUCAUUACCUUUAUAGUAUUAAAUAUAUAAUCAACUUGAUUCCCGAACAUGUUGAAAAAAUAGACACCUUUGAAUAAACCGUAAGAUUUUAUUAAUUA